UAAUGAAUAAUUAAUGUUAUUGCCUUCUGGGAAUGGACACUGAUUAGUACUUAAGAGACUGCGAUACAUUUGAAUUGUAAAAUAGUUUUCUAAGGUAGGAAAUAUUGUAAUAUAGGGAAUGUACAUUCUGUUGUGAAUCUAGCAAUACAGAGAUGUCUUCAGCAAAUUUAACAGUGAUGAAAUCAGACGUAAGCAUUAGUUCUAUUUUGGAGAAGUUUCUAUUCAUGGGAUCAUCAUUGCUGGAAGUGAACAGAUGGGUCGUCGUGGUUCUGUUUUCGCUGAGUUUUAUCUAUCUUUUGAAGAAGAGGGGUCAGAAUAAUUAUCCUAUAGGCCCCAGAACACUUCCAUUUGUUGGGUCCAUUGAUUACUUCAGGACAAAAUCACAUCUACGAUUAACAAAUCUUAAGGACCGAUAUGGUGAUAUAUACAGUAUUAAGGCAGGAAAUUAUAACACAAUAGUUGUUUGUAGUCUACAGGGAAUAUUAGAUGGCCUUUCAGCUGAUCAAGUGUAUUUUUCUGGACGGCCGGACUUCAAAUCAAAUGAUUUGCUAUAUUUGGGAAACCGUCAAAGAGGGAUAGCAACAGCAGAUCUUGGUUCAAAAACCCAAGUGAAGAGACAUUUUGUAGAGGAGAGUCUGGAUAGCUAUUGCUCUGCAGAAGUGAAUUGUGUAGAACAAAAAAUAACAGAUGAGAUUAUGAGUCUUAUUUGUUAUUUUCUGCAACAGUCUGAUGAGAUCAAAGCAUUUGACCCAGCAGAAAGCUUUAAAUUUGCUCAUCUCCACAUAAUGUUACAACUUGUGUUUGAUGAACCUUACAGUCCAGAUGACGAUUCAGUAGAUGAGUUGUUUGAUUGCUUGGAAAGGAGAUUCUCAACAAAAAAAAGAAAGCUUAGUGAUUAUUUUCCUAUUCUCGGAACAUUCAGUGGUGAUGACUUCAAAGAAAUGGGAGAAAAAAGCAGGAUUUUACUGAAGCAUAUCCGUCGUUAUUUAAACAAGCAUAAGGACACUUAUCACCCCAGUAUUAUGAGAGAUAUGGUAGACCAAUUAUUGUUAUUUCUGGAAAAUAAUGAAGACAAUGGCCAGAUUGAGACAGAUGACAUUGAUUAUCUUCUCCUGACAUUAAUGGGGUCAGGGUUUGGAGCAGUGCCAGCAUUAUUAACCUGGUUGUUAGGGUAUAUGGUGGCAUUUCCAGAGAUCCAGCUGAAAGUACAAAAAGAAUUGGAUGAAGUUGUUGGGAGAAAACGUUUUCCAAAUCUAUCUGAUCAGCCAUAUCUGCCCUACACUUCAGCUGUGAUCAUGGAGGUCCAGAGAAUUGUGACUCUAUAUCCAUUCCUGUUACCUCAUAGAAGUAUGGAUAACUGCAUAUUCCAGGGCUAUGACGUUCCUGCAGAUACCCUCAUACUUUUUAACAUCUGGAGUGUACACCAUGACAAAAGGUAUUGGAGAAAUCCUAUGCGUUUUGACCCAAAACGGUUUUUAGACGACAAUGGAGCUUUAACAAUUCCUGAUUUCUACCUGCCUUAUGGAACAGGUGAACGGAGAUGCCCAGGAGAGAGCCUUGUGGAUGUGGAGGCAUUCCUGUUUUUCACACACCUCUUGCACCAGUUGAUAUUUACACCUGGACCUCAGAUUCCUAACUUGGAGGGAGAAUACAAUUAUAUCAUUAGCCCUAAGCCUUUCAAAGUCACUAUAAGAGCAAGGGAUUAAAUACAUUCCCUCCAAUACCACACCCUCCGACAGGAAAUACUCAAACACCAAAAUGAAAAUAUCAAAUAUAUUUAUUGUAAUGAGCGCAUAAUCGCCACUGACCGACAGUUUCACAAUGUAAGUACAAAUACAUUGAUAACACACUCACUCACCAAUCUAUCUUUCAACUUCAUGACAAUCUAAACAUCCUGUCAACUCCGUAAUUCAUACAAAAUCAGUUUAUUAAAGUUUUAAAUUUAUUUACUGAAAAUUAUCUUUAAAAUCAAGUCAUGUGCACUGUCGGAGCGACUAUCGCUGAAUGACCCGACAGUCACCGGCACCUCGUGCACGUACAUUCACAACACCCCCUAUCGGAAAGUAUGACACUGAAGGGAAAAUAAUUAUCGGCUAAUUCUGUACCAUCAAACUCCGAUAAUUAUAUUUAUUCAAAACUCCUAAACUAUGGGUUAUA